GGGCGAAGCGGGGUGCUGCUGGCGGCACCCCCGGUCCCAGCGCCGUGGCCGCGUGGGAGCAGUGGGGCUCGACGGCGCGGCUGCCCGGUCGCCAUGGCCACGCACGGGAAGCUGCGCCGGGAGCGGGGGCCACAGGCAGAGUAUGAGGCGCAAGUCAAAGAGAUGCGCUGGCAGCUGAGCGAGCAGCUGCGGUGCCUGGAGCUGCAGGGUGAGCUGCGGCGGGAGCUGCUGCAGGAGCUGGCCGAGUUCAUGCGGCGCCGGGCCGAAGUGGAGCUCGAGUACUCUCGUGGCCUAGAGCGCCUGGCAGAGCGCUUUUCGGGCCGCAGCGCCCGCCUGGGGGGCAGCCGGGAGCACCAGAACUUCAGGAAGGAGCCAGCCCUGCUCUCUCCCCUGCACUGCUGGGCCGUGUUGCUGCAACAGACGCGCCAGCAGAGCCGGGAGAGCGCGGUACUCAGUGAUGUGUUGGCCGGGUCCCUGGCCCAGCGCCUGAGCCACAUCGCCGAGGACGUGGGCCGCAUCGUCAAAAAGAGCAAGGACCUGGAGCAGAAGCUUCAGGAGGAGCUCCUGGAGGUGGUGUCUGAGCUGCAGACGGCCAAGAAGACAUACCAAGCGUACCACACAGAGAGCGUGAAUGCUGAGGCCAAGCUGCGGGAGGCUGAGCGGCAAGAGGAGAAGCGGGCAGGCCGCACCGCCACUGCCGCCCCUGCCACCACCCCUGAGGCAGGGCCCCUGCGUAAGAGCUCCGUCAAGAAGGGAGGGCGGCUGGUGGAGAAGCGUCAGGCCAAGUUCACGGAGCACCGGCUCAAGUGCACGAAGGCGCGCAAUGAGUACCUGCUUAGCCUGGCCAGCGCCAAUGCGGCUGUCAGCAACUACUACUUGCAUGACGUCUUGGACCUCAUGGACUGCUGCGAUACCGGCUUCCACUUGGCCCUGGGGCAGGUGCUGCGGAGCUAUGCGGCCGCUGAGAGCCGCAGCCAGGCAUCACAGGUGCAGGCCCUGGGCAGCCUGGAGGAGGCAGUGGAGGCCCUUGAUCCGCCUGGGGACAAGGCCAAGGUGCUGGAAGUGCAUGCGGUGGCCUUCUGCCCCCCACUGCGCUUUGACUACCACCCCCAUGAUGGUGAUGAGGUGGCUGACAUCCGGGUGGAGCUGGAGCUUCGGGACGAGAUUCUGCCCCGAGCCCGGAACAUCCAGAGCCGCCUGGACAGACAGACCAUCGAGACUGAGGAGGUGAACAAGACGCUGCAGGCCACGCUGCAGGCCCUGCUGGAGGUGGUGGCCUCCGACGACGGAGACACGCUGGACGCCUUCCAGGCCUGCCCCUCAACUGAGUCCCUCAAGUCUACCAGUUCGGACCCCGGUGUCCGGCAGGCUGGCCGACGUCGGGGCCAGCAGCAAGAAACCGAGACCUUCUACCUGACGAAAUUGCAGGAGUACCUGAAUGGGCGGAGCGUCCUGGCGAAGCUGCAGGCCAAGCACGAGAAGCUGCAGGAGGCCAUUCAGCGAGGUGACAAGGAGGCGACCGGAGUGGCUCGGGCCCAGUACAUACAAAGGAAGUUCCCCAAGAGCUGCCUCCCCCGCCCCAGCUCCCAGUACAACCAGAAGCUCUUUGGAGGAGGCAUGGAGAAGUUUAUCCAGAGUUCGGGCCAGCCGGUGCCCCUGGUGGUGGAGAGCUGCGUGCGUUUCAUCAACCUACACGGUCUGCAGCACGAGGGCAUCUUCCGGGUGUCAGGCGCUCAGCCCCGGGUCACGGAGAUCCGAGAAGCUUUUGAGAGAGGGGAGGACCCGCUGGUAGAGGGCUGCUCCACUCACGACCUGGACUCCGUGGCUGGGGUGCUGAAGCUCUACUUCCGGAGCCUGGAGGCCCCACUCUUUCCCCCAGAGCUGUUCGGGGAGCUACUGGCGGCUGUGGAGGUGGAGGAGACCAGUGAGCGCGUGGAGCAGGUGAGCCGCCUGCUGGCCCGGCUGCCCGGCCCGGUGCUGGUGGUCCUGCGCUAUCUCUUCACCUUCCUCAGCCAUCUGGCCCAGUACAGUGAUGAGAACAUGAUGGACCCCUACAACCUGGCUGUGUGCUUCGGGCCCACGCUGCUGCCGGUGCCUGCCGGCCAGGACCCAGUAGCUGUGCAGGGCCGAGUGAAUCAGCUCGUGCAGACCCUAAUCCUGCAGCCUGCACGAGUCUUCCCGGCCCUCAGCCAGCUGCCAGGGCCCGUGUACGAGAAAUGCAUGGCACCACCGGCUGCCAGCUGCCUGGGAGAUGCCCAGCUGGAGGGCCUGAUGGGGGACAACGAGCCACUGGAGGCAGAAGCUGGGAGCACCACCCGGGAGGAUGAUCCAGAGGGUGUCAUGGAGGCUGUGGCCUGCUUUGCCUACACAGGCCGCACUGCCCAGGAGCUGUCAUUCCAGCGUGGGGACGUGCUGCGGCUACAUGCACGCGCCUCUGGGGACUGGUGGCGGGGCGAGCUGGGGGGCGCAAGAGGCCUCAUCCCGCACAAGUACAUCAUGUUGCCCACUGGGGCGGAGAGGCAGGCUUCCAGGCAGCGGUCCACAGGCGAGUCGCUGGGCAGUCCGGAGGGCCUUCUGGCCGUGGAGCUCACCCAUCGGCCAGAGCUGUACACUCCCCCUGAGGCUGGGGGACCCUCUGGGCACAGGCGGCACUGCUUGGUCCCAACCUCCCCGGAGCGCCUCGUGGAGAUGGACAGGGCCGUGGCACAGACCAUGGACUCAGUCUUCAAGGAGCUUCUGGGGAAGACUGCCAGCCGCCAGGGUCUCAGUCCCACGCCGGCCAGCUCCCCCAGCCCCAGUCCCCGAAGCCCGAAGCCUCUGGGACGGUUGGGCAAGAACAAAGGCUUCUUUCGCAGCCCUGGCUCUCCGGCCUCGCCCUCCUCAGAGUUCCAUCCUCCGGGCCUGGACUCGAGUCUCAAGCCCCACUGAGGUGUGUACCCCAGUGCAGGGCCCCACCCUGGGUGCACCCUGCUUCUCCCUGGAACCUGCUCUCCACUCACUCCGCUGGGUGGAGCCUGCCCUGGGUGCCUGUUCCCUGUGCUGAGGAGGACAGCUGUAGCACUAGGCUUGUCUGCGUCGGCCCAGGCACUAGUGUGGUGGCUGAGCAGCCUGGCGGCCUUAUAAAGACCUGUGCACUCAC